AUGAAGGCUUCCAUAGUUAAUCCAGGCCAAGUGUUGAUAAAGGAUUUGAGAGCCCGAAAUGAUUCCAAAGAUAAACCCGAGUUGAAGGAACUCUUCGAACAGUGGCUUGUCUAUGCGACGGAGAAGAUCAAAAACGAGUCAGACAAACAACAAGUCAUAAAAUCUCAACUCCUCGCUGCCAAAGAUGAGAUCAAGUCACAAGGGGUCAUUGUCUCAGGCCUGCUUCGCGAGCGGCACAGUGUUCACAUAACACCUGACGACUCAGCGUUGGUACUAAGCCUGAGGGAGACCAUAGAAGAUAUGAAGAAAAGGGAAACCAGUAUGAGCCGCCAGAUUGAAAGGCUCCGGACUAGGCUUGCAGACCGCAAAAGACCAAGCUACACUACUUUCCCAAACUCAACAAGAUCCACAUCUAGUCAGAGUCAAUCGAGUUCCAAACAUACUGCAUCAACAAAUUCCCUAUCGCCAUCAGACCGAUUGUCAUAUCAGUCUAAUCCCACUUCCUCAAGCUCAAUACGUUCAGCAAACGAAAGGAGUCAGGGUUAUGAGUCCGAAUCGGAGCAAAAGCGUUUAUCCCACCAAUCCGCCAAGAAGCAUCAACUUCAAGAGCAAUCACAAGUGACCCAGGUGCUCCGGAAGCAGCUGAAAGCUGAACGGCAGCUCAUAUUAGCACUAGAGGAAGCAGUCACCGAUUUGGAAGCCCAUGUUAAAGAGUUGUUAUCAGAGUGUCAACACUGGAAACAAAAAUCAGCUCAGUUACAGACCAAGGUCGAUGAAUGUAAAGUUCGCUUUGCCUCCCGCGCUAUCAAGCUUAAGAGACUUGUUAGAGCACCUGACACAGCCAACACGGACAUCGCCAGCAUCAAGGACAGGUUUUCCUGCUCUGUUCGCGUCAGAGGCCGCGACACUGCAAAACCCAACCCGCAGCUUAUAGACUCUCCUGCAGACAGGGAAAGGACUAGUGCCUCUGUUCUGGUCGGUCGCGCUGUCAACGACGAGUUCAUCGUCAGGAUACAAUGUUGCGAUUCUAACAACGCGACAUUAAGGCUGACCCUCUUUUCAACGGGGAACAGACACAACCUCAAGUCCCAGGCUCAUGAUGCCAUUGCCGGUAUGGAGACGUCAGUAGCGCACUUCCAGGCCACCAAUGGCCAGCAGCAUAUGAGGACUAUAACUACGCUCAGGUCCAGGAUCACGACUUUGAAGGCUGAGAUGCAACGAAAGAUGGCCUUCUUUAAAGCUGGUAAACAGGCCGUUAGCAAGAUCUUUCUUUGCCAUAGCUUUUUACGCACAUCUGAUGGGCGAAGGAUGGAUUGGGCUUUGAUCUCUGUUGACAAAUCCCGAGCAUGGUCUAAUUGUCUUCCAGGCGUGGACGAUUGGAUUGAUAUAUCAGAAGACGCUAAGCCAUUGCGUACCUACAGCCAGUCAAUCGGAAAUCCAUCACGAUCACUGGAGAGACCAGAAGACCUUGGCCAUGUUUACAAGUUCGGAACUGUCACAAAGGGGACCAUUGGGGAUUACUCUCACGACCAGGAAGAUGUUGAACUUGCCAAUGAUGCCCAUCUUGAUGACGCUGUACGCAGCACUACGACAGCAGUGGUUAUCCAGCCAGGGGGCCCAGGGAAGUUCUGUUCCCAUGGAGACUCAGGAUCGACUGUCUUUGGCAGCGAAGGAGGAAUUGUUGGUUUGUUUUUUAUUGGACAUACAAUCAAUGGAUCUUUCGAUAAGGGAUGCGACACCUAUUGA